GUGACAGAUGAUACGUCAGGGUGAUUGUUAUAGGUGGCCAAAGUCAAGGAUGCAUCAGACAAACAAACAAACACAAACUGCAAAUCUCUCUUGCUUCCUACCACCACCAUCUUCACAAUGUCUGGAAAGAACUCUCUUGCUGUCUGGAAGAUCAAGGCUGCUGCUUCUGCUCAGACCAUGAAUUCUACUUCUGCCUCGAACACUGCUUGUGCCAUGAAUACUUUGGCUGCUCAUGCCAAGGACACUGGUGCUGCCCAGGACAUGGAUACUACUCAGGAUAUGGAUACUGCCCAGGACAUGAAUACUUUGGCUGCUCAAGCCAAGGAUACUGGUGCUGCUGCUGCCCAGGACAUGCGAGCAAUCAUCCACUAAAGCGCUGUCAGUUUGCACUAAACAAGUACAAAUUUUGAGAACGAAAUUGAUGGCACUCGAGGGAGUGGCACACUCCCUCAAAUUCAUUCAAAUCUUCGUAUUAUGCAUUGCUGCUUCACCUGAACAUGCUUUAGUACUCUCUGAACUCCCUGUAAAGUUCUUACAGUAAUUCAUGCUAAUUCAAGCACGCUCGAGCGCAUUUAUGCCAGAA